GCUGUUUGCGUGCAUCAAACCGCUCAGAGGUGAUUCGCGCUAAUGUUUCCGGUUCACACAGGUCGCGCACGGCGGAGUGAGAGUUCACAAAAUGCUGUUACGAAGGUUGCUGCACGUUGGAGGGGUGGUGGUCCGACAGAGCAGGUCCGUCCAUCACAGUCCGGUCUGGAGGAGUCCUCUCAUCCCCAUAGUGGUGGAGCAGACGGGCCGGGGAGAGCGGGCGUACGACAUCUACUCCCGUCUGCUCAGAGAGAGGAUCAUCUGUGUCAUGGGCCCUAUUGACGACUCUGUAGCCAGUCUGGUGAUCGCGCAGCUGCUCUUCCUCCAGUCCGAGAGCAACAACAAACCCAUCCACAUGUACAUCAACAGCCCAGGUGGAGUGGUGACCGCGGGCCUGGCCAUCUACGACACCAUGCAGUACAUCCUGAACCCCAUCUCCACCUGGUGCGUGGGGCAGGCGGCCAGCAUGGGCAGCCUGCUGCUGGCCGCGGGCACCCCGGGCAUGAGGCACUCCCUGCCCAACGCACGCAUCAUGGUGCACCAGCCAUCAGGGGGCGCCAGGGGCCAGGCCACAGACAUUGCCAUUCAGGCCGAGGAGAUCCUAAAACUAAAGAGACAGAUCAACAACAUCUACGCCAAGCACACGGGGCAGCCUCUGGAGACCAUCGAGGGAGUGAUGGAGAGGGAUCGCUACAUGAGCCCGAUGGAGGCGCAGGACUUUGGCCUCAUAGACAAAGUGCUGGUGCACCCCCCUCAGGCGGGUCAGGACGAGCCAGAGCUGGUACAGAAGGAGCCCCCCCAGACCCCCGCCUCUCCCCCCUCAGAGCCCCCCACAGCAGAGCCGAGCCCGAGCGGAGCCAGCCCCCCCUCCUCGUACAAACCAGAGCCGUGACGCAGCGGCGGCGGACACUUUCUACACAACACUGUUCUGUCUGAGUGUAAUAAACUGUACCCCGUGUGGAGAUCACACAAACAAACGUGAAUGAUUCUGAUGAACUAGGUCAGCCAUGACAUGUUUUAGAUGAUGUUAGUGUCCGAGCCACACUCUCUCCUCUCAAGGAAUAGUACCUCUUUAUUACAAAAAAAAAAAAAAAGAUUUGAAAUAUUAAUUUUAUUAUAAAUAAAUGUUUUGGAUUAACGGUGUUUUCUUGAUGUUGGGACCAGAUGUGUCACAUGAUCUGUACCAAACUCAGACGGACAUUCACCUGUCAGUCUAAAGUGAGUUUCCUCCUGGCAGAAGUGACAGGGUGAGUGGUUCACCCUGUCACCCCCACAGGAGGUUCUGUGUCUGGAUUCUGUGGGGCCUUUCUGAAUGGAGUUUGCAUGUUUUGUAUCUGGGUGAGUGUCCUCCUGGUGCUACUAACAAUUAUUUUAUCAAUAGUGAUUAAUCUAUCAAUUAUUCCUUCAGCUAAUCAAUUAGUUGUUUCGAUUUGCAUAAAACCUGUGAAUCUGAUUUUGUACAUUUGACCCAGAGGAAGCCAAAGUGACGCCGCCUGGUGAUGGAGAAUAUUUACAAAGCGUUUUCAUUAAAAACAAAUGUCAAUGUACAUUUCCUGUCAUUUUACCUCUUGAGUCAUAAAACCUCUUUGUACAAAAA